CCUCUUAUAAAUACAAGGGCAGAGCUGGGUCCAGGGAGUCAGGGAGGAAAGAGCCCAGGAUCCUCAGGCCAGCACUGUCUGCACACUGGGGAGAUGAAGGUCUCUGCAGCUGCUCUCUCCUUCCUCAUCCUUGCUGCUACCCUUGGAUCCCCUGCCCAUGGAUCCCUGGCCAAGGAAUCCUGGGAUGAUGAACCAAGCAUGGUGAUGCAUCAGUUGAAUCCCAGAGGGCCCUCUCCCGGCUUUCACCAUCCUCCUGACUGCUGCCCGUCCUAUACCCCACGAAAAAUCCGAUGCAGAUUCAUGGCAAGUUACUUUGUAACGACCAGUGGGUGCUCCCAGCCUGCUGUCAUCUUCACCACCAAAAGGGGGCAGCCUGUCUGUGCCAACCCCAAUAAUGCAGAAGUUCAGGAUUGUGUAAUGAACCUGAACAGGAUUCAACUUGAGCUCCUGGCAAAUUGUUGACUGAUAAGAAGGGAUACUAGGUCCCAGCCAUCCAUAUCCAUUCUCUGUUACCUCAUCUCCUGGGAGCUUCUUGGCCUGAAUUAUUUUUUCAAAAGCAAUAAUUACUGUUCUGUUUUGGUUAUAAAAGCUGUGCAUUAAUAAAACAUAUCCAAUUUAACUUCACUUGACCUUUGAGAGGAAAAAGAAAUGCAGGAAUUGC